CCGGCGUGCCGUGGCGUGGCGCCGUGCGGCGCGAGCGCGGCGCCGCUGCUGCUCUCGCCGUGUCCGCCGCUCCGGGCCCCCGCCGCCGCCACCACCCCGGCUAUGAGGAAGCGCAACGAGUCGGUUACGGUGGAGCAUGAGCGCGCUGCUGCCGCCGCUGCUGCCGCCGCGCCCGCGCCGCUCGACAAGGGCUGCAGCCUGAGGCACAGCCUGCGCCUGCCCGCCGCUGCCGACGGCACGGGCAUGAAGCGACCGCUGGGCAGGCGAUAUGGAUUAUGGUUCCGACUGCGGAAGUUAAUAAUCUGGCUGCUGGGAAUGUACAUUGCCAUUCCAUUUCUAGUAAAACUCUGCCCUGCUAUUCAGGCAAAGCUGGUCUUCCUAAACUUUGUGAGGGUCCCAUAUUUCAUUGACUUGAAAAGACCACAGGAUCAAGGUUUAAACCACACCUGUAAUUAUUACCUGCAGCCAGAGGAGGAUGUAACCAUUGGAGUCUGGCACACGGUCCCUGCAGCAUUGUGGAAGAAUGCCCGAGGGAAGGACCAGUUGUGGUUUGAAGAUGCUUUAGGAUCUAGUCACCCUGUAAUCCUCUACUUGCAUGGGAAUGCGGGAACAAGAGGAGGGGAUCACCGUGUGGAGCUUUACAAGGUUCUCAGCUCGCUUGGGUACCACGUGGUGACAUUUGAUUAUCGAGGCUGGGGCGAUUCAGUAGGCAGCCCAUCAGAGAGGGGGAUGACCUAUGAUGCCCUUCACGUCUUCGACUGGAUCAAAGCAAGAAGUGGGGACAACCCUGUCUAUAUAUGGGGACACUCCUUGGGCACGGGGGUUGCAACAAACCUAGUGAGGCGCCUCUGCGAGAGAGAAACUCCCCCGGAUGCCCUGAUCCUGGAAUCUCCUUUCACCAACAUACGGGAGGAGGCACGAAGUCAUCCCUUUUCUGUGAUAUACAGAUACUUCCCUGGGUUUGACUGGUUCUUCCUUGACCCCAUCACGACAAGUGGAAUUAAGUUUGCAAACGAUGAGAAUGUGAAAUACAUUUCCUGCUCCCUGCUCAUCCUUCAUGCUGAGGAUGACCCCGUGGUACCAUUUCAUCUGGGAAAGAAGCUUUACAACAUCGCUGCGACGUCGCGGAGUUUCCGGGACUACAAGGUGCAGUUUGUGCCGUUCCACACAGACCUCGGCUACCGGCACAAGUACAUCUACAGGAGUCCAGAGCUACCUCGAAUACUGCGGGAAUUCCUGGGAAAAUCUGAACAAGAGCAUCAUCACUGAACACCAGCUGCUUGGCAGCACAGAGAUUUUCCUUUCUUCCUUUCCUCUCCCUCCUUUUCCUCCCCCUCCCUGUGGGUCAGUCUGCCAUUCUUCCAUCCCUGGCACUAGAGGAGCUCAGGGAUUCCGACUCCGGUCCUGCUGUGUACCCUUGGCAACUCCAGCCCCUGGCGUCAUGGAAGGAGAAAGAAGCUGUUGGUCUGUUUUCUGACGUGGAUGUGGAGGGGUGAUACCAGCCAGUAUCAAACCACGAAGAACAGAAGCACAAGGAAGCCUGGCCAGUGAAGCUUGGUACUGCUGGGGACAGACAUUCCUCAGACCUAUGUGUCAUGACCAAGGGUGUUUCACCUUUAAAUACUGCUGCUGGUUUGAAUCAUGUAGAGACUCAUUUGUAGCGAAUGGCUUUUGCCGUGUCUCCAGACUGCAGUUGUCUUGCUUGAGUUUGAGGUGUUUUCUUUCUAGGAAAUACAUGUUUUGCCUUUC